AUGUGGUUUAUUUAUUUACUGAGCUGGCUGUCGCUGGUCAUCCAGAUAUCUUUCAUAACACUAGCAAUAGCUGCUGGUUUGUACUACUUGGCUGAACUAAUAGAAGAGUACACAGUAGCCACCAGUCGAAUAAUAAAGUACAUGAUACUGUUCUCCACAGGUGUGCUGGCAGGUCUCUAUGUUUUUGAAGGUUUUCCUCUCUUUAUGGUGGGGGUCGGCCUCUUUACAAAUCUGGUGUAUUUUGGCCUCCUGCGAACAUUUCCCUACAUCCUCCUGAGCUCCCCAAACUUCAUUCUCUCCUGUGGGUUGGUUGUGGUGAACCAUUAUAUGGCCUUCCAGUACUUUGCACAAGAGUAUUAUCCGUUCUCAGAGGUGCUGGCGUACUUCACCAUCUGCCUGUGGGUGAUCCCGUUUGCCUUCUUUGUGUCACUAUCUGCGGGAGAAAAUGUACUUCCAUCGACCAUGCAGCAGGGAGAUGAUGUGGUGUCUAAUUAUUUCACCAAGGGCAAACGGGGCAAGAGGUCUGGGAUCCUCCUUGUGUUCUCUUUCCUGAAGGAGGCAGUACUGCCCAGCCGACAGAAAAUGUACUAAGGAGCUCAGACUUGGGGUGCAGCCUCGGGGGCUAGGGAUGAGUGAGUGUCAUGUGGGUAAAGAACACGGGGACGCAGGAAGAACAGUAGACAUUGUCGAUGGAACAAAAGGAGGAGAAAAAGAGCCCCUAAAAGGAUGGACCAAUAAACUUCCUGCUUCACGAGCAGA